AUGAUUGAUACCGGAGCAACUAAUUCAAUUAUCACUGAACGAACUCUGCGACAAACAAAACACAAAAAAUUCAUCAAUAGAAAUCAUCAAAAAUUAACUCUAGCAGAUGGAUAUUCGCCUUUAGAAGUUAUUGGAACAGUGGAAUUAGAAAUUAAAUUAAGAUCAACUGUUACAACAAUUCAAGCAUUGGUAGUCAAGCAUCUUAGUGUGGAAUGUUUAUUGGGAACGGAUUAUAUCAACAAAUAUAAAAUGAAUAUUGAUGCGGGCUCAAAAUCUAUUUCGAUCACCAUUAACAACACUACAACCACAGUUUCGUUGGACAAAAAUCCAGAAAAUCUUCGACUGCCCGUUCGUCUUAUUAAUUCUGUUAUUAUUUCUCCAUAUGAAGAAUAUUCAGUUAAUGUGUCAGCGGGAAUCUCAAAAGCAACUGUGAUUUUCAAACCAUCAUUCAAUUUAAAACAGCAAAUUCCACUGUUAAUGGCUAAUUCUCUGAUCAAUGUACAUCAUCAUACAAUCACAAUCCCCUUGUACAACCCAUCACCAUAUCCACAAUAUUUAUCAAAAGGAAUUAUUUUGGGAACUAUUCGGCUAUCAACAGAUGAUCCCGAUUUUUCUACAACACCAGUAAUCAAUCACAUUGAACAGCAACUUUCAGAAAAUUUAACAAUAGAAGAAAAAAUCGAUCACCUCAUUAAACAUAUCCAUGAAAAGAACCAACAUUCAAUGUUAAAAAAUGCUUUACUCAAUAACAAGAAACCAUUUGAUAAUUCGAAGCCAACAGUUGCAACCACAACACUUUUUCAUACAAUCAAUACAAAAGAUAAUCAAUCACCACCAUUUGAUAAGCAAUAUCCAUAUUAUGGCGAGAAAAAAGUGGCUUUGGAAAAGAUUAUCAAAGAAUUGUUGGCAGCUGGACAAAUUAGUGAAUCUCAUUCCCAAUACAAAUCACCUGCUCUUCUGGUUAGCAAAUCCAGUGGUGGUCAUCGUCUAGUAAUGAAUUACAAAAGAUUGAAUGAUAUUACAAUAAAGGAUGGAUAUGAUUUACCCAAUAUGGAAGAAACUAUCCAAGAACUUGGCAAUGGAAAAAAUCAUUAUUUUUCAAAACUUGAUUUAAAAUCAGGUUUCUGGCAAUUUCCAAUUGACAAAAAAGAUCGUCAUAAGACGGCAUUCAGUGCUUUCGGAAAAUUAUAUCAAUGGAAUGUCCUUCCCCAGGGCCUUAAGAAUGCUCCACCAUCGUUUCAACGAAUUAUGUCAAAAAUUUUGGAACAAUGCAUUGGCUAUUCAUUGGUUUACCUCGAUGAUAUAAUUAUUUAUUCCAAAUCGUUCAGUGAACAUUGUCAACAUCUACAAAACGUUUUGAAUUUAUUACAACAAAAUAAUCUUCAACUCAACACCAUCAAAUGUGAAAUUGCCAAACAAGAAAUUGAUUAUUUAGGCCACAGAAUAUCAUCCGAUGGCAUACAGCCAUUGAAUGAAAAAAUGCAAGCAAUUCUGAAUCUGGCAGAACCAAAAUCUCUCAAACAAGCAAAUGAAUUUGUUGGAAACGAUUCAAAGCCAGUAAUUCUCACAACUGAUUUUUCAAUCAAUGGUAUUUCUGGUGUUUUACAACAAGAAAUUGAAGGACAAACAAGAAAUUUAUAUUAUCAUAGUCAAUUAUUGGAUCAACAUCAAAAGAAUUAUGACAUUGUGGCUGGUGAAGCAUUGGCUAUUCUUCUAUCGUGCAAACGAAUGAAGCAAUUUAUACAAGGACGUGAUUUAAUCAUCCGAACAGAUCAUUGUCCGUUAUGUCAAAUGCACCGAAAGAAGCUUCGAAAUAACAUGGCCAAUAGAAUAUCAAUCCUUCUUCAAGAAUUUAACAUCAUCGAAAUCCAGCACAUCCAAGGAAAGCAGAAUUGUUUGGCUGAUUAUUUAUCAAGAAACCCAAUCAAACAACUGGACAUUGAUUUAUUAGAUCCAGAAUACGGUAUUGACACUAAACAAUGGUCGAAAAACCAAAAGAUACCACAAUUUCAAGAUAAUUUCUCAAUUCUAAGCAACAAUUCAAGUCAUUCAUUAAAAGGUAAACAUGAUUUUAGAGUUUCAUCCAAGAACAACAAUCGACAGUGUGAUCCACCAUCGGAAACUAUGAAUAAACCAAUAGUUUCAAUCAACAACACUACAUCAGAACCACAACAUGCAAUUGUUUCAGCUGUGACUCGUUCAUCAACACGAAAACAACAGCAACUCACAACUAUCAAUAAAGAUGAUUCAUCUUCAGCUUCAGAAGAAUCCGAUGAUCCACCAUCAACAACUCCAUUUUCAUGCAACAAAUUUGAUAUUAAGCAAUUACAAGAAGAACAACAGAAAGAUCCAGUUAUUCAGAAGAAAUUUCAAGAAGUCAAAAAAGAUUCACACAACAAAUAUUACAUUAUUCAUGGUGGAUUUUUGUUCAAAUUGUUACCAAGGCAUCGUAGACAAGAGAAGAGACAAUUAAUUUAUCUUCCAUCUUCAAUGAUUGAAACUUUGCUUCAAGCUUGUCAUAAUGAUCCAAUUGGCGGUGGGCACUUUUCAACUCAACGAACAUAUAUGAAACUCAAGGAGAAAUAUUGGUGGCCUGAUAUGCGUACAACAAUUGAGAAUUAUAUCAAGGCAUGUCUACCCUGUCAACAGUUCAACAUAUCAAGAAAAAAAAAACCUGGACAACUUUGUCCAAUAACACCUCCAGAAGGACCCAAUCAAUUGUUGGGAAUUGAUUUUUGCGGACCAUUAGAAAGUUCUCCAAGCGAAAAUCGUUAUGUUCUAACGAUCACGGAUUAUUUCACAAGAUGGGUGACAGCAGUGGCUUUAUCAAAUUGUUCUGCACAAACAACGGCAGAAGCAUUAUUCAAGCAUUAUAUUUGUAAAUUUGGUGUUCCAACGACAAUAUUAUCAGACCAAGGAACUCAUUUUCAGAAUCAAUUGUUGCAAGCAUUAGAAAACAAAAUUGGCAUCCAUCAUAUUUUUAGUUCGGUCUACCAUCCUCAAACAAAUGGCAUGGUAGAACGAUUCAAUUCAACGUUUAUUCCACAAAUUGCUAAACUUCAAGAUCAAGAAAGCAACAAUUGGGAUGAAUUUUUGGAUGCCGUGGUCUUUGCAUACAAUACAGGUGUUCAUGCUGCAACACGAUAUUCACCGUUUGAAUUAUUAUUUGGUAGAAAACCUCAACUUCCAACAGACUCACCUCGACAAGAAGUGAUUUUCAACAAACCAAAUGAUUAUUAUAAACAAUUGGAAAAAUGUUUAAAAGUUUAUCAUACAAGCGCCCGUCAAAAUACCAUCCACAAUCAAAAAUUGGCAAAACAAAGAUAUGACAAAAACAGACCAGAUCCACAUUACGCAAUUGGUGAUCAGGUUUUUGUGAGAGUUGAAGGUACAAGAUUAAAAUUAGAUCCUCGUUUUAGUAAUAUUCAAGAUAAGUACAAUUCAAUUCCAAUGAUCAUCUCAAAGACAAAUCAUCCAACAUACUUCGUCGUAGAUCAACAAACAAAUCAAGAAUAUCGUCGUCAUUUAAAUGAUCUCACACCAGUUCGAGAACGACAACAAUUUUAA